GAAUUGCACAAGAGCUCUCCUCAAAGGUCGGUGUGACCGCACGGGCUGUUAGGAGUUCGUAAACGGCGUUAAAAUGAUGCCCACGGCCGCUUGUUCGGGGUCUCUGUUCCCUUACCUGCAGGCUUGUGGCCCGCUAAAGUCUUUAGUCCCCGGAGCGGUGAACACAGGAGAUGUGCUGAUGAAGUCUGCCCGUACUGCUGCACUCAGUGGCAACUUUGGAGCCCGUUUCGCUCACACUGAUAUCAAAGUCCCUGACUUCUCUGAUUAUCGCCGAGCUGAGGUGUUGGAUCCUAAGAAGUCCUCUCAGGAGAGCAGCGAUGCCAGGAGGGCCUUCUCUUACCUGGUGACCGGAUCCACUGCUGUGCUGGGUGUCUAUGCGGCCAAAACUGUAGUGACCCAGUUUAUUUCCUCCAUGAGUGCAUCUGCUGAUGUCCUGGCCUUGUCCAAAAUAGAGAUCAAGUUGUCCGAUAUCCCAGAGGGGAAAAACAUGACCUUCAAGUGGAGAGGCAAGCCGCUGUUUGUUCGUCACAGAACAGAAAAGGAGAUUGCAACUGAGCAGAACGUAGAUCUCUCUGGGCUCCGGGAUCCCCAGCAUGACAAAGAUCGCGUCACCAAGCCCUCUUGGGUUAUCGUCAUUGGUGUGUGCACUCACCUUGGCUGUGUCCCAAUCGCAAAUGCCGGUGAGUAUGGCGGGUACUACUGCCCCUGCCACGGGUCACAUUAUGAUGCCUCGGGUCGGAUCAGAAAAGGACCUGCACCCCUUAACCUGGAGGUGCCUUAUUAUGAGUUUCCUGAUGACGAUACUGUAAUAGUUGGAUAGACGAUGGACAUUUUCUCUGUGUGCUUUUAUGUGUCCUGCCAAAUUAAUUAAUAAAUGUAUAUUUUAAAGCAA